GCGACGCGUAGAACGGCGCAGCCGGCGGAGAAGGGGGCCUGACCGUGCUCUUCAGCCGGUGGUGCCUUCACGUCAAGACUGUGCUGGGUUUUUCUCUAGAGACCGAGGAGGAGUAAUAAUGACAACAGUGAUAAUGACAGCGAUAGCAGCACCAACAGGCUUCUUCCCAUAGAGGCACCUGCUUGCCCACUCUGCAAACAGUCCUUGCCUGGUUCCCUGCCUCAAUCCAUACAGAAAGGCACCCGUCUGGACCCUCUGUGAACAGUUCCUGUGUUGCUCCUUGUCUUGAUCUGUAGGGAGAGGUAUAGGGUCAAGCAUUCUGCAAGAUGAGUAACAGUCAUCCACUCCGCCCUUACACAGCAGUUGGUGAAAUUGACCACGUUCAUAUUCUGUCCGAUCAUGUUGGUGUUCUGAUGAAUGGGGAAGAAUACAGCGAUGUUACCUUUAUUGUGGAAAAGAAGCGUUUUCCUGCACAUAGAGUGAUUCUGGCAGCAAGGUGUCAGUAUUUCAGAGCAUUGUUAUAUGGUGGAAUGCGCGAAUCUCAGCCUGAAGCAGAAAUCCCUCUCCAAGACACUACUGCAGAAGCCUUUACAAUGUUGUUAAAAUAUAUUUACACAGGCCGUGCUACAUUAAGAGAUGAGAAGGAGGAAGUUCUCUUAGAUUUCUUGAGUUUGGCACAUAAAUAUGGAUUCCCAGAACUGGAGGAUUCCACCUCUGAGUAUCUUUGCACCAUCCUUAACAUUCAGAAUGUUUGCAUGACCUACGAUGUUGCUAGCCUCUACUUGCUUCCCAAACUGACAUGUAUGUGCUGCAUGUUUAUGGACAGAAAUGCUCAAGAGGUGCUGUCUAGUGAAGGUUUUUUAUCACUUUCUAAGCCAGCCCUUCUCAGUAUUGUACUGAGGGAUUCAUUUGCAGCUCCUGAGAAGGAUAUUUUCCAAGCCUUGAUGAACUGGUGUAAACAUAACCCCAAGGAAAAUCAUGCUGAAAUUAUGCAGGCUGUGCGCCUGCCCCUAAUGAGCUUGACAGAACUUUUAAAUGUUGUAAGACCCUCUGGAUUGCUAUCACCUGAUGCCAUUUUGGAUGCUAUUAAAGUUCGAUCGGAAAGUCGGGACAUGGACCUCAACUAUAGGGGCAUGUUAAUACCAGGUGAGAAUAUUGCCACUAUGAAAUAUGGAGCCCAAGUGGUUAAAGGGGAAUUGAAAGCUGCUUUGUUAGACGGAGAUACACAGAACUAUGACUUGGAUCAUGGAUUUUCUCGACAUCCCAUUGAUGAUGACUGUCGUUCUGGUAUUGAAAUUAAAUUGGGCCAGCCAUCAAUAAUCAACCAUAUAAGAAUACUACUAUGGGAUCGUGACAGCAGGUCUUACUCCUAUUACAUUGAAGUAUCCAUGGAUGAGCUAGACUGGAUUCGUGUAAUCGACCACUCCAAAUAUCUCUGUCGUUCCUGGCAGAAAUUGUAUUUUCCUGCUCGUGUCUGCAGGUAUAUCAGAAUAGUUGGAACACACAACACAGUAAACAAAGUUUUCCAUAUUGUGGCUUUUGAAUGCAUGUUCACCAACAAAACCUUUACUCUUGAGAAAGGCCUGAUAGUUCCCACUGAGAAUGUUGCAACAGUUGCAGAUUGUGCCAGUGUGAUUGAGGGUGUAAGCCGAAGUCGUAAUGCCUUGUUGAAUGGAGACACAAAGAAUUAUGACUGGGAUUCUGGGUAUACGUGCCAUCAGCUAGGCAGCGGUGCUAUCGUAGUGCAGCUGGCACAGCCUUAUAUGAUUGGAUCAAUUCGGUUACUUCUCUGGGAUUGUGAUGACAGAAGCUACAGCUAUUACAUUGAAGUUUCUACAAAUCAGCAGCAAUGGACCAUGGUAGCUGACAGAACUAAAGUUUCUUGCAAAUCAUGGCAAGUAAUAACUUUUGACAGACAAGCAGCAUCUUUCAUCAGAAUUGUUGGAACUCACAACACAGCUAAUGAGGUGUUUCAUUGUGUCCAUUUUGAGUGUCCAGCCCAAACUGCUGCCCACAAGGAAGACAUUAGUGAAGACGAUAUAGGCACAGGUGGACAGCAAAUGGCAUCCCACUCCCUACGAGCUUCAAGUACCAGCUCUGUGCACUCCCUUCCAGGAUCUACUUCACACCCAUAACUUCACCAACCAUACAAGAGAAUGGACAGGAGCAUUUGUAACCCUUGUGCCAUGAUAAUAUUGUUCACCAUCUACUUGUGUAGGCAACUCUUCAUUCUCAGUAUGGACAAAAGGGACCAUACAGUACCUGGCAACUUGAAAUGUUCAUAUGGAAAAGACUGUCCAAAGACAUAAUGGGGCUGCUCCACUUUUUCCAUUUUGAUAAAAUCAGGAUGUUCUACUGGGAAUGAAAGUAGGUUUUUGGUUUUCAUCAAGUUUCUUAUUUACACCCUACCUCUUUAACUGAACUAAAUCAGGUAAAGUUGAAGGAAAAAGAAAAAGCCAAGCCAAAUCGUAAUAUGAACAUGCCACAUGAACAGUACAAAAGAGUGAUAAUUACAUGUGCCUGUAAAAUUCUCCAGCUAGGAAAGAGUCUUCUUCGAGAAUGUUUAUGGAAAAUAAGUUUAUGGAAACCAAUUUUAAUUUAUUCUUCAUCCAUCUUUAUUUGUAAAUUGUAAGCCAUUUCAAAAUGUAUGUAUAUAUUUAUAUAUAUAUUUCCUUUAGCUGCUUUUUUUCUCCUUUUUAUUUUUUUGCUUUGGUUAGGUUGAAAUACUUUCUUGUUUAUUGUGUUAUAUCAGGUAGGUAGAUCCACUUGAUCUGCCUUACUUGUUUGAUAAGGAAAAUUUCUUAAGAAGACAAUAUAUAAAAUAAUGCCGUUUAAGAAAAUUGUAUUAGAAUUCUGAGUAAUUGACAUGAUUAACAAAACUGUCACUUUUUACCCUUUUUUAAAACAGGUUGUCAGAUUCUUAAGUAUAGAAACAAAUAUUGAUCUCAUUAGAAAUUUUUAAAAUGUGCUUUAGUCUCUAUAACUAUAGAUGUUCAACUUUUAUUUUUAAUUGGAAAGCUUAUAUGGCUGACCAACAUUUCACCUACAUUUGGUAUGGAUGGGAGCACAGUACUGGCAAUGCAUAAUAAAGUAUUUGUUUUUUAAAAAAAAAUAGAUUAUAGUAUUCCAUUAGGGAUUUAAAAUAAACACUUCUAAGAAGCUUUUCACAUAAUCUCCAUAAAUACAAAUUUGAGUUUUAUAGUGAGAUUUGGUUUUAAAUGAUUUACAUCCUAGCAGUAACUCUCCUUUGUAACUUAAUCAGAUUAUUGAUUUGACUACCAUUCUGAUAUUGUUCCCAUCCACUAUCCCCCAAAUUCACUUGUUUUGCCUCCUUCUGCAUUUGCCAGAGUAAAAUAGUCUGUGCAUUUAUACAUAGAUACUGAUGCCAUUCUUCCAUCUGAUUAGGGGAAAACAAAUAUGUAUCAUGAUUCAUGAAGUAUGUAAUUUUGGAGAAAAUUAUUGUCAAUUUGUGGUUAUUGUGUUUUCUUUCUUCUUUCUAAUUGUGUAAAAUAGCUUGGUGCCAAUUGUUUGUUUCAGCUAUUGUGUCCUAUAAAUAACUGGUCAAAACUGUU